AAUGAAAGAAAUCAAUUAAUCUAUUUUUAUAUUUUUUCACUUUUGUCAUAUGCAUUAUUAUUUUAACUACAUACAAAUUUUCUCUCUCAUACUAAUUCCAAAUGUUAGUUUAUUCGUGGAAAUUUCAUAAUCUACACAAAUUUAAAUACUUAUGCAAUAGUCGAUAAAGUAUUUUCUUUAUCACGCAUGUAAUUCUUAUUUUGUGCGUAUCUGUCUCUGAAGUCAUACAUGCAUCGAGCUAAAAGAUGGUGAACAGCUUUAACAGGUGACAUAAAGUUAUGACGUGUAUUUGAAUUAUGCUUAUUUGCAAGUUCAAAGAUAAAAUGAGUUUUUUAAUGUAUAUAAUAUUUUUAUGCAUAAGUAGUAUAAAGUAUAGUGCAAGUAUAAAAAAUGGAUUAGGAUGUAGAGACAAUGAAAAUAGGUUUGUUGAUUGGUAUGUGUUAUAUAAAAUUCCAAAGUUAUCACACAGCAGUAAUCCUUUAAUAAGAACUGGAUCUGCCUACAUGUAUAUAACAAGUGAUACUGUACUACAUAGCGAUUGGAAUUUGUCUGUUAAAGGUAUAGAAAAUAAAACUUCUAUACCAGGAAAUACAUUAGCUUCAUUGUACAAUAAUGGUAUAGCAGAAAAUAUAUUAUCGAUUUUAUAUAAUGACGAUCCACCGGAUGGUAAGGUAAUUGGAAAAUAUGGUCAUGCAAAAGGUAUAGUAGCAGCUGAUCAUGAACAAGGAUUCUGGAUGAUACACAGUGUUCCAAAUUUUCCACCAAUACCUAACAAAAACAUGAGCUCACGUCAUAAUAAUAAAAAUAAUAAUUUGACAAUAGAUGCUCUUCCAUCUAAUUUUGAGUAUAGUUAUCCAACAUCAGGACAUGUUCGUGGACAAAGUUUUUUAUGUAUUUCUUUGAAAGCUGAUCAAUUGGAUAUAGUUGGUCGUCAAUUAAUUUACAAUCAAAUUAUAGUUUAUGGAAAGAAUCUUCCAAAUGUAUUAAGCAAUCAAUAUCCUACUCUUACGGAUGCUGCUAAUCAGAUUCGCAUUAAAAAUCCACCGUACAAGAACAAAGAGAUAAUAAAGUCAUCGGCUUCAUUGGAAUUUGUCUCUUUUGCUAAAUCCAGUAAAUGGCAACAAGAUCUUUACAGCGAUUUUGUGGCUCCGCAAUUGAAAAGCAACUUAUUUGUAGAAUCGUAUUUAAAUGGACCAGGUAAAUUAAACUCCAACUGCCAUGGUUUAGAGGUGCAUAAUGUUAAAUCAGUGAAACUGCAAGCAGCAAAUAUUCAAUUUGAAAGUACACAGGAUCAUUCUAAGUGGGUUGUAACAAUGAAUAAUAAAAAGAAUAAAUCUUGGGUUUGCAUUGGAGACAUCAAUAGGGCUAAUACUCAGUACAAUCGUGGCGGUGGGACGGUUUGUUUGAAUUUGUUUUAUCUUUGGAAGAAUUAUCGUGACUCUGUUAAUGAUAUAGAGCCGUGCCCUAAACGCACUAUAAUUAACAAAAUUAAAUCAUUAUUUGGAUGAUCUGAAAGUAUUGCAUAUUAUAUUUUUAAUAAAAUAUUAACAUUAAUAACAUUGCUACUAAUGUACUCAAGGUAUAGUAUUAUUGCCGAUAAAGUAGUACUCUAUUUUUAUAAACUGUAAUUAAUGUAAUUAUCAUACGUAGGUUAAAUGUACUUUACUGAUAAAUACUCAUAUGGUAAAGCAGUUUUCUAACAGAUAAAAAUCAAUUUUUUUUAUAUAAUACUUUAGUUUAUUUUUAGUUUUGAAAAAUAAAACUAUAAUUAUAUAAUGUAAUAAAACGUUCACAUCGUGGAAACAAAAUUCAUCAGUGUUUUUGUUAAUUUUGUACGGCUAUUAAAAUAUUUAAUUCUUA